AUGGACAUCGCUAAUAAAGCGAUGGCCGACUUUCGGUAUUAUAUUCUAUUUUCGGUUGACCGCUUCGGUAAAUGUGGAGCACCUCCUCCGGGAUGUAAUGGAGUAGACAAGCAAAGCGACAAGUGCGUUGCUGAACUUCAGCCGUAUAAGGUUCUACAUCGUCAUUCGAGAACUCCGAACUGUGUGGACUACGUGACAGAGAAGUUCUUCGAGACGCUGAUUAGCCGCAUGGCAGUGCCCAUUGUCAUUAAGAGAGCGAUCUACACCAAUGUUGGGGCUCCAAAAAACUCGUUCAUCGCAUUAGACGAUUUUAAAACGGUGGCCGACAUGGUUAAGUACAUUAAAGGAGUAGCCGCAAACAAACAAAAGUACCUUGCAUUCCAUCAGUGGAGAACUACUUACGAGGCACGACAAGAACACGACGACGACACCGGUUUUUGUGAGUUGUGCCGACGGCUUCAGCAAAAAACGUUGGGAUACAUGUCCUAUGCGGACGUUCGCAAAUGGCACGCCGACGACCAGUGUGACAACUCCUUGGGCGCUCGAUACAUAAGGCACUGA